UUUCAAACUGUAAAACAUGGAGAAACCCCAGAUUCUAUGGCUACCACAAUUUAUUUAGUACUUUUCUUGUUCUGACUGGAUAAUAUGAAUUAAAGUUCUGCAAACAUGGCGACUACGUUACCCACGACCACAGAGGAUCCGACGUCCGUCGCCUUGGCCGCUCUGGAAUCACGAGUGACCACCUUGGAGACUGUCCACCCGACUAGCCUGGACACACUGCUCCUGAUUCUAUCAGGAUGUCUGAUCAUGACCAUGCAGGCCGGCUUUGCUAUGUUGGAAAUCGGGUCAAUCAAGGUCCGCAACGUCAACCACAUCCUACUCAACAACGUCAUGGAUGUUUGUAUUGGAUCUGCGGCAUACUUCUUCUGGGGUUACGCGGUGUCCUUCGGCCCCACCAGUAGCGGGUUCCUGGGAGGCGACCACUACGCCCUCAGACAUUUCGAGUCGGACGACGCCCUGACGUGGGUCUUCUUCCAGUACUCCUUCGCCGCUACGGCAACCGCUAUCGUGUCGGGGGCCAUGGUCGGGCGGACGCACCUUCUCGCUUACAUGUGCUACUCCUUCGUCAUAACGGGCUUGAUCUACCCUACCGUGGUCCACUGGGCCUGGUCAGGGGAGGGCUGGCUCAACUCAGAGACAGGAUACGCCUACCAGGAUUUUGCCGGGAGCGGAGUGGUACAUCUAUGCGGCGGUACUGCGGCUCUGAUCGGAGCCAUCGUGCUGGGGCGGAGGAAGAUCGUCAAGGAAGACGAAGAGUCUAUUCCGCCUUCCGCGCCUGCCCUGGUCACACUUGGGUUUUUCAUCCUGCUGGUGGGGUUCUUCGCCUUCAACGGCAGCUCGCAGGGCGCCAUGUCGUCUGACGGAGACGCGGGAGCCGUGGCCCGGGCCGUCAUGAACACGGGCCUGUCCUGCAGCGCCGGCGGCAUCGUGUCCAUCCUGGUGGUGCGUUACGUCAAGAAGGAGGAGGACAGCUACGCUACACUGUGCCUCACCGUGAACGGAUGCCUGGGAGGCACGGUUUCCAUCUGUGCAUCUGCUAACGUGUGCACCACAUACGGAGCCCUGCUCAUCGGUGCGACCGGCGCUGUGGCGUGCCUGGCGUGGUCAGAUGGUCUGAAGAGGUGGACACCAGUACAGGACCCGGUGGACGCUACAGCUGUUCACGCCGCCUCUGGACUGUGGGGAGUGAUCUGCGUUUGUUUCAUGGACAAGGAUAACGGCAUCUUCUACACCAGUGACCAGCCCUCGGCCUGGUACCAUCUGGGAGAAAACCUGCUCGGCGCGGUCGCCAUCGUAGCCUACACCGUGGCCACCACGGCCGUCCUUUCAAAGAUAAAGUUAUCUUUCUACUAUCCAUCAGGACUGGACCUGGUAGGAAUCCUCCGCUCCAAAGAGGAGAUAGACGAGCAUCACCAGGCUGAGGUGGAGGUAGCGGAGGAGAUGAAGCGGCGGGCCAGCAUGAUGCCGCCCUCCCGCCGCCUGAGCUUCAUGCCAUCGCUGGGGUCCCGGUCCUCCCACCUCACCAAGGCCCCGUCUAUCAAGGUGGUGCCCGAAGAGCCUUCGAGCCCCGAGGCAGCGACCCCUUCUCCUGCACCCAAGACAGGUGGUCAAGCACCAAGUGGUCAAGAACCAAGUACCGGUCAAGCACCGCCAGCAGAGAUUCCCACCCUGCGCAGGCUACCACCAAUCGAGCCGCCGGUGUAA